GCGGAAGAAACGCGUCCCUGCUCAGCCGCAUUGGCCACUCCUCAUCGCAUCUCAACCUCGUUUCGUAUCCCAUUGCCGCCUCGUCGCGACCCCAAUCCAGCAGUGUGCUUCGCAAGUUGCUAUGACGAUAAUCCGAGAUUGAAAUUAGGAUACCACGAUUGAUUUGCUUGAGAUGGAAAUCUUCGGCUCCCAACCUCAGAAUUGACUCAUUUGUCAUCAUCCGACUCAUCCCUGAACUUGACAGCUCGCCCGUCAUCAUCGGCUCGAACUGAAGCCAAAGCCUAGUAUGGCUUCGGCAAACCCUGCUGCGACAUCAGCACCCCUUCGGAACCUGCCACCCGUGUCCAGCAGCACCGUCUCUCCACCCUCGGCGCCGGCUCCUUCCUCGCUGCGUCAGACGUCGUCCUGGCCGAGCCGGAGCCAAGGGACCUCUCCGCCUCCGACAGCUGCCAGCGCACAUGCAAGUUCGCGUCUCCAACACCCUGCACGACUCGGGACGGCGAAAUCUCCCUUGUCCCGGCUCAACCACUUUGCGUCCUGGUCCUGGAAGAAGGUCGCGUCGAACCCGACGGUGCUCAUCACGGGCGUCAUAAUCGGCGUCAUCGCGGCCGUGCCCACGUACCGCGCCUACGUGAUUGGCCAGUGGACCGCCUGGAAGGACUACAUUGACUACUGUCGGAAUGUCGACAUGACAACAUUGGCGGCCUCGAAACAGCAAGACUGCCAGCGGGCAAUCGAUGUCGGGCUGGGCCCGCCGCCGUACACGCCGCUGCACCGCGUCAAGCAGACGGUCAACGAGAUGGUGCUGCGGGCCCGCGGCGUGAAUGAACCAAGCCCGCCGCCCGCUCCACCGGCUUACAGCUCGUGGGCAUGGACCUACAAGCUGUUUCUCGCCCUCACGGUCGUGCCGUUCGUCUUCUUCACCUUUGUGAUGGUGUUCACCUUUGUCUCGUCCUGGCUUGCCGCCGGCUAUUACGUCUCGCGCCAGCCGCUCUGGGGGUCCGUGGGCCGCUACCGAAGAGUUAUCUCGCAGGCUGCCAUGUCCGUCGCGGUCCUCCUCGGCCUGGUCUGGUCUAUCCAGUCGUACUUUUCAGCCAGCAAAGCGCUGCAGACAUCAAGAGAGAACGCCAUGCAGGAAUUCUUGAACUACUGCAGCAGUGUCCAGGUGACUACCCGUUCCCCAAGAUGUCUUGUCUUUUCGUGUGUAAAUACAGCCGGCUAACACCGCGUGUUAUCAAUUAACCAGGCUGGACACCCACAGUAUG